AACUUCCCAUUGGCCGGUGGUGGGAGCGACAUCCGGGGUACAAGUCUGGCCGGCUGGCCUUGAAGUAGCCAUGGUGCGGUUCAAGCACAGGUACCUUCUGUGUGAAUUGGUGUCAGACGACCCCCGCUGCCGCCUAACUCUGGACGACCGAGUGCUGGGCUGCCUCGUGCGGGACACGAUCGCCCGAGUACACGGGACUUUCGGCGCUGCCGCCUGCUCGAUCGGCUUCGCAGUUCGAUACCUCAACGUCUAUACUGGAAUAGUGCUACUUCGAUGCCGAAAAGAAUUCUACCAGCUUGUGUGGUCAGCUCUUCCUUUCAUCACAUACUUGGAGAACAAAGGACACCGUUAUCCUUGUUUUUUCAACACUUUGCAUGUGGGAGGUACAAUUAGAACAUGUCAGAAGUUCCUGAUUCAGUACAACAGGAGACAGCUGUUGAUCUUGUUGCAGAACUGCACUGAUGAAAGAGAGCGGGACACUAUCCAGAAGUCUGUCACCAGAAGCUGUUUCCUAGAGGGGUCGUCGGGUGAGGAGCUUUCAGACGGUGGUGAGGAGGCCACUGAAACAAUGGAGUGAACGCUGCUUGCCACACAGCAGGCUGUACUGUGCCAAGCCCACUUGAGGAACUGGACCUUUUAGGGGGCAGGAGCAGCAUCUACAGUUCUCCCGACUGGAGGACUCCAACCAGGGGACAAAUGACCAGCUUCACAUGGAAGACUUAAAACUGGUUUCUUGUGUCUAGCAUCCCCUGGGUAAAUGGUUGUGUAGGUGUGAAGCUCUGUAGACAUCUUUUAGAUCUAAAUGCUUGGAUGAGAGUAGGCUGAGUAAGUGUAUAACCUUUGGGAUAAGUUCCAAAACUGUUACGGUUUAUAACUAGAGGUUCCCCAGAAACCUCAAGGGCUCAUAGGUGGGGGGCUUUUGGGAGGUGACUGAUUAUGGAUGUGAUACUCAUCGGCGGCUUAGUCCACUGUUGAGUUUAUAACUAGAUAGGGGAUUAAGAGGUGAAGUGUGGUCAGAGGUAGUUCACCUAGGGUGUGCCCAGAAAGGGCAAUCUACCCACCUCCUUCCUUCAUCCUUUUUUUGGUACUGGGAAUCAAACUCAGGACCUUGAGCUUGCCAGGCAGGUGCUGCACCGCCGAGCUACAUCUCCAGCCCUCCUUCCUUGAUCUUUGCUUCCCCACGGCCAUACCAUGAGGUGUUUCUCUGCCAUGCCUCCCUGCCUUGGAGCCAGCCUACUAUUAAUUGAAACCUCUACAAACAGCCAAAAUAAACCUUUCUCGCAGUUGUGGGUGUCAGGUAUUGUGUCCCAGCAACAGGGCUUACAGAAUUUAUGCUUGACCAAGUCUCUUUCUUCAUCUACAGCCCUGGCCUUGGUGAGAAGACUGGCUCCUUGUGUGAUGAGUUUUAAAUAUUUAAAACUUGAGGCUUUGUACCUCCAAUCUCCAAGUUGGAGCCUAAGCAAAACAAGUCACUUGUAGAGGUAUUAGUGAGAAAUAGUAACUAAAUUUUGCACAGAUCUAUUUGCAGUCUUGGAGUUGUUUUUUUUUGGAGGGGAGCAGAACCUGAGGAUUUGAACACGGGGCCUUCACACUGAGCUUUAUCUCCACUUUCAUGUUCAGACAGCCCAAGAUGGGCUCAAACUUGUGGUCUUCCUGCCUCCCAGUGCUGGGAUUUCAGGUGUGGACCACACCAGGCCUAGCUCAGUCUCAGUAUAGUAAGUCCCCAACUUGGGAACAUUUGAGUUGCGAACUUUCACAGGUAUACUGUACAAGACUCACUUUGUUGGCUUACAAAUGAACCUGACUUCCGAACAAUUCUCCCAGAACAGAACUUGUUCAUAAGGCGGUAAUGGCCACUUUUACAGCUUUCAGUGAUACAAAUAGCCUGCUGUGACAUUUGUGCCAUAGGUUCACUACCACUGCUAUAGGGCUGUAUACAUACUAGAUUCUUUACCAAUACUAACCAGGUGACUUGGUAAGAAAUGUAGCUUUUGUCCAGGAGUGGUGAUGUGCCCCUGUAAUCUGUUAUCUCAGAGGCUGAGGCAGGAAAAUUGCAGAUGCAAGCCAGCCUGGGCAAUUUAGCAAGAUCUUGUCUCAAAAUAAAAGGGGCUAGGAAUGUAACUCAUUGUGAGGCCCUGGGUUCGAUCCCUAGUACCACAGAAAAAAUUUUUUUGCAUGGGGGAGUGGGUGUGGCAUCUCUAGGAUCUGUUUUUUCUGUAAUAAAAGGAUGUCACUCAAAAUA